UUGAGGUAACGAGGCUGACAUAUAUGAUACUGUUCAGAUUAAAUGGGCACUGACGUAUCUCAAUUAGAGUCCUUCACCCAUCGCUUUGGAAGCGUCUAUAAACAUGUUAAAAGCACUGGAUGCGCUGGAUGGUGAUGAGACGAUCACUCCACUUGGCCAAGUGCUUGCAGAUCUACCAAUUGAUGCUGUCUUAGGCAAGAUGUUAAUUAUGUCUAGUGUUUUCCAUCUUGUUGAACAGAUCAUUAUCAUCGCAGCCAGCAUGAGUGUCCAGUCGCCAUUCAUCCGCCUCCCUCGUAAUGCAAAUCCAGAUAUAACAAAGGAAUCUUCAAGGUCAUGGUGUAAACGUCAUGGUGUUGAGGAGCAGCGAUUAUAUGAGAUCGCGAAAUUGAAAAGACAAUUUGAAAAGAUUUUGAAUGAUUUUCAACCAGGAUUGAUGGCUGAAAUAGAAGCAAGCAGACUAUCACUCCAGAUGUUAGAGACCGACCGCGACCAGAAGAGGCAGCGUUUAAGGAAAGAAAAAAUGUCACAGCGGCAACCGAAAAGGCGAAAGCUCUUAAAUAUGACCAGCAUUGAUGAGGAGAACAUGGAAGAUGUGCUGGAUAGUUCAACGGAUAUCCGGGACCUAGAGUUCUCAUUGGCCAACAAUAUUGAGGACUUGCGCAAUAGAAGCCGAGUAGCUCUAUCUAAGGACGCUGUUAAUCUGAUCAAACUUAUUAUAUGUUCUGGUUUAUACCCACAAUUCGCAUUUCCGGAUGAGCACAAUCCAUACAGGAAAAGUAACGAAAUUGUUUUUCAUACACAAGCAAAACGGUUUUUGUCACCUCACCCUAGCAGUGUUUUUGCAUCCCAUCCGGAUUGGAUUCAAGGAACAGGAGAAAAUGUUCGAAGAAAUGACCUGGAUCUGUUGAAAGAUAUGAGACAUGAAAUACUAUGUUAUCUACAAUUGCUGGAAACGAACAAACCAUACAUUGUCAACCUUCUUCAAGUGCCAGGCGUUCAUUCAUUACUGUUAUUGUCCAAAUCUAUUGAUAUCAAUGAGGAUUGCAGUGUGGUAGUUUUUGAUCGAUACUACAUGCUCUCCUUUCGGACAAUCCCAGUAGCGGAGCAUGUGCUGACAUUGGCGCACAGGCUUAGAUCGGUAUGGUCAGUGCUAACCAAUCAAAGAGUGCAAAUGGGUAUCCAAUUUAGCGACAAGACCUCCGUAGACGACAAAGUCUGGGUAUCCGAUGAAGAGUUGGAGAAAUUACCCAGUGUUAUUCAAAAGAUUAUCAAGUCUGAGUUUGAAAUCAAGCAAAGACAUGCGCAAAUGUCAGGAUCGUUGGAUAAACGACAGUAUCAGAUGGAGAUCGAAAGCUUAUGCGGCGAACUGUCUCAAUUUAUGGAAACCGUCAUAUCUGCGGACUUUCGCUUAGCAAAAUCGACCGAGCUGUUGAAAAUGUAUCAAGUCAGAAAGGCAGAAGGGCAAGAUCCUGAACUACCAACGACUUGGGAUCCCAAGCUUGUUAAUCGUCGUGGUAUACGGAUAACAGACUACAUGUGGUAUCGUGCCAUCAAUUUGGAGUCGUCCGCAUCCUCAAUCCCAGAACCCGAAGUGCAUGUGCCCCAUAACGUACCGAUGUAUUGGGGUUGUCGUAGUUGUGAAACGACUUUUUCGUUCACGAGAAGAGAAAUCCUAGAGCAUGUAGCGAACUGCAAAGUAAGAUCGACAGCCGCUGAUGAAGUUGAAGCUUCCUGCGUUGACCCAGCCCAUAUAGACGAGGAUGGGUAAAACGUGCGCUAACUUCUUCACGAGAGACACUGGAAAAUAGCUUACUAGCCAUCCGAAUUAGUAUCA